CUUGGUCCAUUUCUCCCACCUCAGUCAGCAGCACUUUGCACCAAAACCCAAUUACGACGCCGUUUUGUUAGCAGCUAUGGCGAAUCAAGGAGCGAAGAAACGCAAAGAGGAAAACGCCCGCCACAUGAAAACCCUACUCCGCGUCAUCAUCGCCUCCAACGCGGUAUAUUUUGUGUUAAGGAUGGUGGUAUUCCACUCGAGUUUCACGUGGAAGCAUUGGGCAGGCUUGAUUUUGACUUCGCUCGCCUACGUCAUCCCGUACCAACAGCUCGCCGCCAUGGCCCAGCCCAGUUAUAGCGGCGACGGCGAUCUCCUCGAUGGCGGAUUCGAUAUGAGCACCGGCGGAAUGUGUGGAUAUUUGCAUGAUGUGAUCUACAUUACAUGUUUCGUCCAACUCAGCUCCAUCAUUUCCGAAAAAUUCUGGUACAUAUACUUGGUGAUUCCGGGAUUUGCGGCAUAUCAACUAUUUGGGCUUAUCAGGGGAUUUAUGCCACAGGGUUCCGAGGAGGGUGAAGAAGAUGAUAAGACGAGAAAGAAGAGAGAGAAGAUGGAGAAGAGGGCUUCAAGGGGCAAGUUUGUCAAGACGAGGACCCGAUAAUGCAAAUCUUCACACCAUGAAUUUAGAGUACAAUUUUAGAGGGGAGUACUAAUUCUAUAUAUGCAGAUUUAGAUAUUGCAAAUGUCCCUCUAAUGGUGUGUGCCUCACUUUGUUCCAUAUAUAUUUGAAAUGCCAGAUUUUGUUGUAUCAAUCCCUUCGAAAUACUAUGAUGUAAGAGUAUGGGCUUCGUUUGGCUGACGUGAUUUUACUUUGACACAGUUUUGAUGUUUA